AUGCGCUUCCACAACAGAACCGCCGUGGCCUCCCCCACAGUCUCGCCUUCUACUGUGGAGCCCAGAGAAGAAGUUUCGUCCACUGACAGCGUUACGGUCGAAGAGAAAGAGAGGCUCAUUGAAGAGCAAUUGAGCCAAAACCCCGACGAUGUCGAAGCGCUGAGGUCAUUGAUGGAGGUUAGGAUCAAAGCCCACAAAUUGACCGAAGCGAUUCAGGUGCUGGACCGCUUGAUCGAGCUCGAACCUGAAGACUAUGAGUGGCAAUUGCUGAAAGCCAAUGUUCAUAGCUACAUGGGUGAGUUUGAACUCGCUACCAGUGAGUUCGAGGAGAUUUUGGCCAAAGACCCUUUGCGAGUUGAGGCCUAUCAUGGUCUUGUGAUGUCUGCUUCGCAAUCGCCCGAGAAAUUGGAGAAUGUGGUGACGAGAGUGGAAAAGGCAAUGGAGGGUUGCAAGAAGCAGGGGAACAAGUCGGAUGUGAGGGAUUUUAAGCUGUUAAUUGCCCAAAUUCGCGUGAUGGAGUCAAAUUAUUCGGAAGCUUUGAAGCUUUAUCAAGAGCUUGUGAGGGAAGAACCGAGAGAUUUCAGGCCUUAUCUGUGUCAAGGAAUCAUUUAUACUAUGUUGAGGAAGAAUAAAGAGGCUGAGAAACAGUUUGAAAAGUUCAGGAAGCUUGUUCCCAAGAACCACCCUUAUAAAGAGUAUUUCGAUGACAAUAUGUUUGCCACGAAGCUUUUCGGGCAGAAGGUGGAGAGGGAGAGAGCAGAGUCGAACAUCUGA